AUGUCUCGUCGUCGUCGUCCACCCGCACUCCCUAACUCACCAGCUUCAUCUCAACCCAACUCAAUUCCUCCUGCUCCUUCAUCUCCCACUACUACAGACCAUUCUUCGGAGAAUGACCCUCUUCGUUCGUCUUGGGUAGACGUAUCUGUCUCCACAGACACGGGUUCCAUCUCAGAUAUGGAAGAAUACAUGUCGGAUGUAGAUUCAUCCCUACUCGAUUACAUGUCAGAUCGUGACUCCGACGCUCGUUCGGUGGCAGCUACGGAUUCCGAGGUCGACAGGAGUUUGACCCCGGUCGAAUACGGAGGAAAUCUGGCUGAUGGGAGUUAUGUCGAUGCUGAAACUACGGAAUCUAUGUUUUCAAGUCAAACUACCAAUGUUCAAUUGAUCUAUCCAACUCCUGAAGCUAGCUUUGUGGCAAGUGGUACUGUCACACCUGGUGCAUUGGUCAAUGAAGAUUAUCCACAUGAUGACAAAUGGGAGUUUGGACCUGUGGAAGACAUCUAUCUGCGUGGACUGGCAGAGAACAUGAACGAAUCGAAAGUUCAAACAAUGAAAGAUGUACUAGAGGUCAGAAGAAUUGAAGAGAAGAAAGGAGAAGUCAUCAUAACUGGUUCUGCCAAGGAGCGAAGGUCUAAAUUCAGACUGCUGCUCUUGCGAGGAGCAAACAAACGAUGGAUCUCAGUCAUGGCAUUCGCUGCUGCUUCCCUUGCAUUAUUGCGCUCUUUUGGUCCCGGUCUCCCCUCUCUCUUCUCUGAACAGAUUUGGAACUCUCUAUCAUCGUCCACAUUUCCCCAAUCCUCGCACGUGUGGGAACAUCUACAUACCUCUCCCCCUCCCACUACUACAUCUUCAAUCACAUCGCUGGAUCCUACUGCCAAACCGGCACCUCCUGCCCAGUACUUUCCCGAUAUGCGACCUCUCAGAUAUGCCUUGUCCACUUUUUCGUACCAGCCUGCACAAGCUCAUCCCGGUACAGUAUCCCUCACGAGCUCUGAUCAAAUGCCAAAACAUCGUGCUCAGUCACAAUCGCAAGGCUCCACCUCGUCCUGUUGCUCCAUGGCAGUAGCCGUCCGUGAUUCCGAAGUUGCUCUUACAACUACCAACGAGCAGCCGAUCUCUCGUCCACGGCGUCACAAGAAAGCGACGUAUGUCAAUGCACACGAUCAAGAUGUGAUCAACUCCACUUCUUCGAUGGAAUGUCACUGUCCCCCAGCCGUAUGGGAAGAUUUCUUUUCAAAUAUCCUGAAUGCAGCUGGCUUACAACAUGCCCUCUCAUCAUUCCUCACCAAUGACGCGGUACAUUGGAUCUACGCAUCCGCCCUGACAGCCAUUCGUUCUGAUUUGGAAAACAUCCAACACAUUGCGGAGUAUCUGCGGGAUAGAGUGAACACCAUCACUUCAGUUGCAUACACCAUCACACAAGCUGGGGUAGAACGACUGCAUCCACACGUUAUGGCGUCAUGGAAAUAUUUGAGAAACGAAGAACGUCUUGCACUCUCAAAGGCCCAACAAGUCCGUUCUUCCCUCUCUCCCUAUAUUUCCGACUGGUUUGCCACUUUCACGUCGCCAUCACCACCGGCAGAAGUCGUACAUAAUGCGAAACAGGGCUUGGAAUCUGUUCGAACUGUCAUAGAUGAGAAAGCUUCGGUGCUUCAAACCAGCUCGACUGAGACUUUGCACAAGGCCAGAAGGGGUCUAGACGUGUUAUUAGGGAAGAGAUGGCGGCGAGGGACGACCCAGUUGUUCGAGAAUGGUGAUCAUGUGAAGAAAGUAGAGGGGGAAAGAGAGAAGAGAUCGGAACAGUGUUUCAAGAAGAAUGAAGGAAAUGGAAAGAAGUCGGUCGGUUACGCGGAGAAGAAAGAAGUGACCAAGGAGAAAAAGGAACAAGAACCUAGAUGGUAUGUCCAAAUACCCCGUGAUCGACCUUUGCCGUAUCAAAUGAGAGAUCGAUGGCGCGAAGUCACAGAGAUGGAGAGGGUAGGUAAGGCAGAGGGGCAUCCGGUGAAUGGUCAGAAAGUGAGCAUGGCGAGGAAAGCUUUGGAUAUGGCUUAUCAUGUGAGUCGUUGA